UGAGUUGCAUUCAUCGUCGCGACCCUAGAGAAGCAGAUUGGCUAUGGUGAAAUGGUGGUUCAAGAGCACCUUAGAUUAACAAUCAGGUGAGUUCCUCUUAAUAGUGACUAUCGCAUUUCAUCUCCGAUGAUUUAUAUGUACAGUAAAACGCUAGUUCGUUUUAAUUGUUCUUCUGUUUUGGAUUUAGCAAUUCGUAAACGGCAUGUCCUUCAAACCCAUCCACUGUCUUCAUCUCUCAAAUCCAUCUCAACUUCCACAAACCAACACUCAUUUACAGUCGAUUACCUUAUAAAUUCAUGUGGGUUGAGUUCAGAAACUGCUAUUUCAGCUUCCAAACACAUCAAUUUUAAAUCCCUAGACAAACCAAAUUCAGUUCUGAACUUCUUCAAGAACCAUGGAUUCAGUGAAAUCCAGAUCUCAGCUCUCAUCAGAAAAAUCCCAAGAAUUCUCUUAUUGGAUCCCAAUAAAAUCCUUUUGCCCAAACUCGAGUUCUUUUACUCCAAUGGCAUUUCCAGCACUGAGCUCACAAAGAUAGUAUCCACUAGCCCAUUUAUAUUGGAACGAAGCUUGAAGAACCACAUCAUCCCAUCUUUCAAUUUGUUCAAAAAUUUCUUUCACUCAGAUGAUAAGUUUAUCGCGGCCUUUAAACGAUGUCCUCGGAUUGUAGAGCGCUAUCACAAUGAUAUUACAUUCUCCAACAUUGAAAUUUUGAGACAACAUGGCGUGCCAGAUUCGAAUAUUGUGUACUUUCUUACUUAUCCUAGUUCACUCAACUUAAAGAUCAAUGAGGUUGUGGAGGAUGUUAAAAAAAUGGGUUUCAAUCCUUCAAAAAGCCAGUUUGUUAUAGCAGUUCGGGCAUUGAUGAGCAAAUCAACAUGGAAAAGGAAGAUGGAGGUUUAUCAGAAGUGGGGUUGGUCUGAGGAAGAAACAAUGUUGGCUUUUACAAGAAAUCCCUCAUGUAUGAUGAUAUCCGAAGAGAAGAUAAUGGCGGUGCUGAAUUUUUAUGUCAACACAAUGGGUUGGGAGUCUUCCCUAAUUGCCCCUCGUCCAAAAUUACUGUCACUGAGCUUGGGUAAGAGGAUAAUUCCCAGGUGUUCAGUGCUUCAAGUUUUGUUGUCAAAAGGUUUGAUUAAGAAUCCCAUUAGUGCAUUGACAUUGUUGCAGUGCGCAGAAAGUUUUUUCCUUAAGAAGCUUGUGGCAUGUUGUGAGGAAGGUCCUCUGUUGUUGAAACUAUAUUAAGAGUGGAUGUAGAAUAUCUACUUCCUAACUGAAGUGGCUGACACAUCAUCAACAAUUUUUUUCUUUUUAGAAUUUUUAUGAUCGUAAUUCUUUUUGGUCCGUAUUAAUUCGAGUUCAAUACAAAAUGCUUAGAGAUUUUGCGUAACACUAAUAUAUCAUUUCAUUAAUCAUGUAUGCAUUUAGCUGAAUAAUUUAUUAUUUUUUGUGCAACUCUGAUUCUGCCAGAUCUUCUUAAUCUUUAAUUUGAAGCAUAGAUAAACUAAGUUACAUCAUCUUACCGGAAGAUUGCUAAUUUAAUUCAGUUCUACUUCAAUAUAACAUUUUGUUCUAAUUCCCUAAGCAAGCUGCUGUGGGAUUUCAUAAUAAUUUACGCAUAGCUAUUCUUCAUGUUCAUGUUAAUGGGCCGCUAGACAUGCAUGAUAAUACAGUUUGAUUUCAGGGUAGUUUUAGAUGUUGUAACCCGUGAGGCCACCUUGAGCGAUUUUUCCUGUCACACUAUAAAAACCAUUUUAUGAUUGCACCUUACAGUACCACUGAAUUUCUGGUGUGUACAAUGAUUACUUGAUGUAUGUAUAUUUCUAUUAAUUUAUAUCAAAUACUGAUGUUUUUGUUAUUUCUUUUGCGGAUCCCUUAGGCCCUGUUUGGUAACACUGAAUUUCUGUUUUUUGUUUUCUGUUGCCAUUUUCAAAAUUUGAGAAACGGAAGUAAAAGCCGUUUGGUAACUAUGUUUGUUUUUUUAACUCUUAAGAAAACAAAAUUGAUUGCCAUUUUGUUUAGAAUUUCCACAGCUUCAAAAUGAAGUUGUGGUUUCUUGUUUCCGUGUUUUAAGCAGUAAGAAUCAUUGAAAUAGUAACAAUCAAAGGUUUUACUGUUUAUUUUCCCUAAUCUAAUUUGGUUUUGGUGAAAUCCCUAGCAAGUCUUCGUUAAUGGUGGAGCACUUAGCUUCAAUCUUUGGUACUGAAAAGAAUCCCGUGAAUCUCUUGUAUUUCAUGAUGGGAAUCUUGUUGCCAUGGCGGAGCAUUAGCUUCUAUCUUUGUAUGCAUAAGCUAUUCACUCCAUUGCAAGUAAACCUUAUUACAAAAAGUGAUUUUAUCUAUGGAGAUUUGUGCUUGAGUUAUAUGAUUGUAAAUGCAUAAAUGACACAUAACCUGUGUCCGUGUCCGUGUCGACACGGACAAUAUGGCCGGCACCAGCGAGUCCAGGUAGCAUAGCUUUCAGUUACAAAUUCUGUAUGAUUAUUUCUUUAUGAUUCUUUGUUGCUCGAGUGUUCAUAUUUCAUCAUGUCCUGCUUUGUUUUAGUGUUCCAAUAUAUGAUUUUUAUCACGGUUUCGAGUCAAUUAUUCUCUCUUACUGUGCUCGAAUCAAAUGGGAAUUUAAUACAAAGUUUAAUGUUACCCUUUUAAUACAAAGCUUAAUGUUACCUUGAUUUGGCUAAAAAUUCUAGACAUCAGACCAAAUGAAAUGGUUCUUCCUUUUCAUACCAUAUGAAUCCAGUUGCUAGUUUAGAAGUUUUUGCAGACCAUUCUAUAAAAUCUGUACUUACACCUAUGUUGUUUGGACUUGAUAAAUCUUUUGUGAUGCAGCGAUUCCAAUUAUCAGUAGACAAUAACCACUGAAUCUCAAGGGACUGAAAUUGUUUGGUGCAGCCGUUGAAUCUCAAGUGGCAAGUCGUGGAGGCAUGGGUGUUGCAGGUUCAUGGAGCACACGGGCUACCCCCGUGCUAAUGCCAUCGGGAGACCCCUCCCUGCCGUUGGAGAGAAUGUGUAGAGGAGCACAAUGUUGUACCCCUAUUUUUCAGUCUUGGGGGAAGAUCAGAAUUUUUUUUUUUCUAAACUCAAAUGUUGGUACUUGUCACUCAUCUGGCCUGUUUGGCCUGUAAACCAACUGAUAUUCACAGAGGCGUAUUUUAGCCCGUGUAUGUUUUGUCCAGUGGUAUAUAUGAGAGGAAUGGAAUUUUCAUUAAA